AUGGCGGCUAGGAAUCACACCCAGGUGCGCGAGUUCGUUCUCGUGGGGAUCUCUGACAGCCCAGGGCUGCAGGUUCCCCUCUUCCUCACCUUCCUGGUCAUCUAUGCGCUGACGGCGGCAGGGAACCUGGGCAUCAUCACCCUCACCAGCGUGGACUCCCGGCUGCAAACCCCCAUGUACUUCUUCCUCCGGCACCUGGCUGUCAUCAACUUCAGCAACUCCACCGUCAUCGCCCCUAAAAUGCUGAGCAACUUCUUGGCAAAUAAGAAAACCAUCUCGUACUAUGCGUGCGCCACCCAGCUGGCAGGAUUCCUGGUUUUCAUCGUGGCUGAGAUCUUCAUGCUGGCCGUGAUGGCCUAUGACCGCUACGUGGCCAUCUGCAACCCCCUGCUCUACAUGGCGGUGGUGUCGCGGCGGGUCUGCCUGCUGCUGGUGUCCCUCACCUACCUCCAUGGCCUGUUCACAGCUCUGGUGGUUACACCUUCUGUAUUCUCCGUGUCUUAUUGUUCUGCCAACAUAAUCAACCAUUUUUACUGUGACAAUGUCCCUUUACUGGCAUUAUCCUGUUCUGAUACCUCCACUCCAGAGACCGUGGUAUUUGUCUUCUCUGGGACAAACUUGUUCUUCUCCAUGAUUAUUGUCCUAGUAUCCUACUUCAACAUCAUCUUUGCCAUUUUAAAAAUACGCUCUGCAGAGGGGCAACGGAAGGCCUUCUCCAUGUGUGCCUCUCACAUGACCGCUGUCACCGUGUUCUACGGGACGCUCCUCUUCAUGUACCUGCAGCCCAGGACCAACCACUCCCUGGACACUGACAAAACAGCUUCUGUCUUCUACACACUGGUGAUACCAAUGCUGAACCCUGUCAUUUAUAGCCUGAGGAACAGGGAUGUGAAGGACGCUCUGCAGAGGCUCCUCCGCAGCCCAGGCUGUGCACUCCCGCUAAUGUGA